AACUUUAGUUUAUUAUCAAGCCUUCAGUAUAGCAACCACCUCCGUCUUCUGAAAUAAAUACAACUUAAUUCCGGUACCGCGUACAGUCUAGUCUGCGGCUAAAGAGCCGCACACACAUCUACAAAGGCCUCCAGUGACUGACUAGCGUCUCCAGACUCCAUAGACUUUCACUACAGCACAGUUAGCAAUAGCACGCGAAGCUAAAAGGCGUCGCGCAAAAGACAAAACGCGUCGAAACGGCGAAGAAUGAACCAUAAAAGCAAGAAACGGAUCAAAGAAGCGAAACGGAGCGCCCGACCCGAGCUGAAGGACUCAAGCGACUGGACCAAACACGAAUACUGCAAGAGCUUCGACCUGUCGCACAGGAGCGUGAAGGAUAAUGUGGAGCGAGCGGACGUUCAGCGGCUCAGUCCAGAGGAGUUCAUCCAGCGCUUUGAGAAGCCUUAUAAACCCGUGGUUUUGCUCAACGUCGAGGACUCGUGGCCCGCUCGUGAAAAGUGGACCCUGGAGAGACUCAAGCGCAAAUACCGCAACCAGAAGUUCAAGUGCGGCGAGGACAACGACGGUUACUCGGUCAAGAUGAAAAUGAAGUAUUACGUUGAGUAUUUGGAGUCGACUCACGACGACAGUCCGCUCUACAUCUUCGACAGCAGUUUCGGGGAGCACGCCAAACGCCGAAAACUACUGGAGGACUAUCAGGUGCCGCUUUUCUUCAGAGACGACCUCUUUCAGUUCGCCGGAGAGAAGAGACGCCCGCCGUACAGGUGGUUUGUAAUGGGUCCGGCCCGCUCUGGGACAGGCAUCCACAUCGACCCACUGGGCACGAGUGCAUGGAAUGCUCUGGUUCAGGGCCACAAGCGCUGGUGUCUCUUCCCCACACACACACCCCGUGAGCUCAUCAAGGUGACACGGGACGAGGGAGGAAACCAGCAGGACGAGGCCAUCACCUGGUUCAACGUCAUCUACCCGCGCACACAGCAGAGCACCUGGCCCGACGAGUUCAGGCCGCUGGAGAUCCUGCAGCGCCCUGGAGAGACCGUGUUCGUGCCCGGUGGAUGGUGGCAUGUCGUCCUCAACUUGGACACAACCAUUGCCGUGACCCAGAAUUUUGCAAGCACCACCAAUUUUCCCAUUGUGUGGCAUAAGACGGUGCGAGGCCGACCCAAACUCUCCAGAAAGUGGUACCGGAUCCUGAAGCAGGAACGGCCUGAUAUUGCUGCUAUAGCGGAUAAAGUGGAUCUGCAGGAGUCGACAGGCAUCGCCUCGGAUAGCUCCAGCGACUCGUCCUCAUCCUCCUCCUCCAGCUCCUCUGACAGCGACUCCGAGGCUGACUCGGGCUCUGAGGGCGACGCCAUGACCCACCGCAGAAAGAAGAGGAGAACAGGAGGCAUGAUGGGGAACGGUGACAUCACAAGCCAGGACGACUGCGCCAGCAAAGAGCGCAGUUCAUCCCGGUGACAAAACUGAGGAACCUGAACUAAGUAUACCAAGAAGUGUGCUUGCGGGAGGAGCAUCGCAUGAAUGGGAGGAUGAGGGGGAAAUCGUCUUUUUUGUUGUUGCCUUUGCAGAUGUCAGGCUCUGGACGGCGAGUAUGGUGUGUCCUCCGGUCCCAGUGCCAAGAUCAUUGAUCAAAACGAGACGCUGUUUGUGGAUUUCACAGGGGUUAUGUUCAGAUUUCUGGUGAAAUGUGAGACUAUACGGUUGAGCUGUGGCGCAAAGUUGUAUAAGAAAUUGAUUCUGAGAUUUUCAAAAUGCAUCUCUGUUCUCUCACAAAUUUAUUAUGAGCUUAGUUUUGUACAAUAGAUGGCGCUUUAGGUUAGUUUUGAACAGCAGAUGGCGCUUUAAGCCAGUUUUUAGCAGCAGACUAUGCUCUGGGCUAGUUUUAACAGCAGGUGGCGCUCUAGGCUAGUUUUUAAAUCAAUAGACAACGCUCUAGGCUAGUUUUGAACAGCAGAUGGCGCUCUAGGCUAGUUUUUAUGAACAAAUGGCACUAGCUAUCUUUUAUAACAAGCCCAGAAUGUCGUCUGCCAAUUUAAAAACUACCCUAGAGCAUCGUCUGCUGAUUUAGAAACUAGCCUAGAGGGCCAUCUGCUGAUUAAACAUUGCCUAGAGCGCCAUUUGCUGAUUUAAAAAACUAGCCUAGAGCGCCGUCUGCUGUUGAAAACUAGCCUAGAGCACCAUCUGCUCUUAAAACUACCCUAGAGCGCCGCCUGCUGUUUCAAAACUAGCCUAGAGCGCAGUCUGCUGGUUAAAAACUAGCCUAGAGCGCCGUCUGCUAUUAAUCACUACCGUAGAGUGCCGUUUGCUGUUAAAAACAAACCUAGAGUGGCAUCUGCUGUUACAACUAGCAAAACUAACAGCCGACAGUGCUCUAGGCUAGUUUUGAACAGCAGACGGCACUCUAGUUAUCAAAAAAUGCUGCUCAAAGCUAGCCUAGAGCGUUGUCAGCUGCUCAAAGCUAGCCUAGAGCACCAUCUGCUGCUCAAUACUAGCCUAGAGCAAAACUAGCCUAGAAUGCACCGUCUGCUGCUAAAAACUAUCCUAGAGCGUCGUCUGCUUCUCAAAACUAGCCUAGAGCAAAACUAGCCUAGAGCCCGCUGUCUGCUGCUAAAAACUAGCCUAGAGCGCCGUCUGCUGCUCAAUACUAGCCUAGAGCAAAACUAGCCUAGAGUGCGCUGUCUGCUGCUAAAAACUAGCCUAGAGCGUCGUCUGCUUCUCAAAACUAGCUAGAGCAAAACUAGCCUAGAGCGUGCCAUCUGCUGCUAAAAACCAACCUAGAAACUAGGUGCUCAAAACUAGCCUAGAGCACCGUUUUCUGUUCAAAACUAGUCUAGAGCGUCAUUUGCUGCUUGAAACUAGCCUAGAGCGCCAUCUGCUGCUCAAAGCUAGCCUAGAAGCAUUGUCUGCUUUUCAAAACCAGCUUAGAGCGCCGUCUGCUGUUCUAAACUUAACUCAUUCAAGAGAAAAUAUCGAUUUUUCAAAAUGCAGACUUCAUUUCUUAGACGAUUUUUCCCCACAGCUCUGUAAUGCGGUUUGGCCUGAUGUGUAAUGCUGCCUUUAGCUCUAUGAACAUAGAUUUAUUUUAUUACUGAUUUCUCUUGAGCUGCACUUAAAACCUGGGUUUCUUGUCUUGCGGUUUGCAGGAAGAACUAGCGCAUAACAGUUAAGUUCACCCUAAAGUGAAUAUUGUCAUCAUUUACUCAACCUUCCACUUCUUUUCUGAGUUUCUUUCUACUGCUAAACACAAACAGAUAGUUUGAAGAAAGUCCUAUGGUCGCUAUUGAUUUCUGUAUAAUUAUUUUCCAGCUAUGGAUAUCUCCUACUAUGGCAUUUUUUUUCCUUCAACAUUCUUCAAAAUAUCUUCUUUUGUUUUCAACAGUGGGGGACAAAACGGGUUUAGAUCCGCUUGAGGGAGUAAAUAGAGGGUAAAUUAAAAAUGUUUAGGUGAGUUAUCCCUUUAAAACUGUUAAACUGCUUUUAUCCCUUUUUCAAGUCUAAAUGUCUCAUUUUUAGAAAAAUCAUUUAACUAUUAAAGCAAAAUGGGAAUUAAUCAGCA